GUGGGCAGGGCAGACGCUUGAGAGCCAAAGAGCGAGAUUCGCGCGCAAGGAUGGCCCGGGCCCGGGUGUCGCUCUGGGUCAUCUGCAUGCUGCGCGUGGCGCUGGCCACUGUGUACUUCCAGGAGGAAUUUCUAGAUGGAGAGCGCUGGAGGAACCGCUGGGUGCAGUCCACCAAUGACUCCCAGUUCGGCCACUUCAGAGUCUCGUCGGGGAAGUUCUAUGGGCAUAAAGAGAAAGACAAAGGCCUGCAGACAACUCAGAACAGCCGGUUCUAUGCCAUCUCUGCGAGCUUCAAGCCGUUCAGCAACAAAGGGAAGACCCUGGUAAUCCAGUACACAGUGAAGCAUGAGCAGAAGAUGGACUGUGGCGGUGGCUACAUCAAGGUAUUUCCCUCCGACCUGGAUCAGAAGAAUUUGAAUGGAAAGUCUCAGUACUACAUCAUGUUUGGACCUGAUAUUUGUGGAUUUGAUAUCAAGAAAGUUCAUGUUAUCUUAUAUUUCAAAAAUCAGUAUCAUUCAAACAAGAAGCCGAUCAGAUGCAAGGUGAGCACACUAACAUCACAGCCAUCUGAGCUCUGUCCCAGCUCCACUGAGCAUGUUGGCUCCUUAGGUCCCCCUGCCAUCUACACUAAAGAAUUUUCUGGGGGUGGUGAGAUGGCUCAGCAAGAAUGUGCCUCUGGUGUCAUGCUUUCCUUUCUAUAUUUGAAGGACUGGGAAAAGCAUUUUCUGGAUGCGGGUGCCAGCAAGCCAAGCGAUUGGAACAGUGAACUGGAUGGGGACUGGCUGCAAAAGCCACCAUACCAGGAUGGCCUGAAACCUGAGGGCAUCGAUAAAGAUGUGUGGCUCCACAGGCAGAUGAAGCCUGCCCACUACCUGACGCAGUACGACCUCUCAGAGUUCGAGAACAUCGGUGCCAUUGGUCUGGAGCUGUGGCAGGUGAGAUCUGGAACCAUCUUUGAUAACUUCCUGAUCACGGAUGAUGAAGAGUAUGCAGAACGGUUUGGCAAGGCCACCUGGGGGGAGACCAAGGGUCCAGAAAAGGAGAUGGAUGCCAUACAGGCCAAGGAAGAAGUGAAAAAAGCCCGCGAGGAGGAUGAGGAGGAGCUGCUGACGGGGAAGUUGCGCAGGCACGACAACCAUUUCAGCAGAUUCCGCAGGCAAGGCGAGCUGUAGUCGUCCCCACUCUGCAUGCAGAGGACUGGCCCAGCCUCCACUAAUACACUCUGAAUGUCACACGUCUGCAUGGUCAUUUGUCUAGUUCCUGAAAAACAAUUCCAUGUGUGUGCUGGGGUCCCCUAAUUUCCUCCAGUGCACAGAUCAGGUUUCCCUCGGCUGCCUCUGGGGCGCACACCUUUAAUCUCAGGACUUCGAGGCAGAGAUCUCUGGGAAUUUCAGGUCAGCCUGGUUUAUAUUUCACAUUCUAGGGCAGCCCUAGUUACACAGUGCGACAUUGUCUUAAAAAAAAAGUUUUCUCUACAAAGAACAAACCACUGGAAGCCCGAGAUCUGUAAGAGUCUGGCCAUAAAUGAUAUACCUUUUUUUGAACCUCUUAAAUAUUUUCAUGAAAUAAAAGAUGGUAAAAUGAAAUUUUAAAAAAUUAUUUAUUAUGUAUACAGUGUUUUGCCUGCAUAUAUACCUGCAGGCCAGUAGAGAGCGCCAGAUCUUAUUACAGAUGGUUAUGAGUCACCAUGUAGUUGCUGGGAAUUGAACUCAGGUCCUCUUUAAGAGCAGACCGUGUUCUUAACCACUGAGUCAUCUCUCUAGCCCAGUAAAAUGAAUUUUAAAAAAUAUUUUAUUUUUUUACUUUAAAGAUAUAUUUUUUUAAAAUUUGUGUGUCUCUGAGCGUUUGUGUGUUUGUUGUACCACAUGCAGGUACCCAUGGAGACCAGAAGAGGGCGUUGGAUUCCCUGAAACUGGACUUACAGGUGGUUGUGAGUCACCUGACAUGGGUGCUGGGAACUGAACUCUUCCUCUGGAAGAGCAGCCAGCGCUCUUAACCACUGAGCCCCCUAGUUUUCUUUUAAAUUAUUUGAAAGAUUUAUUUAUACGUAUAAGUGUUUUGUCUAUGUGUGCUUUGAAUAAGAAAAACUCCCAUAGGUUCAUAUAUUUAAAUGUUAGGGACUGGCACUAUUAGAAAGGAUAGGAGGUGUGGCCUUGUUGAAGGAGGCUUUGAGGUUCCAAAGCCCACAUGUGGCCCAGUAUGUCUCUGCCUGCUGUCUCUGGAUUAGAUAGAAGCUGCCAGCUGCUGCUCCAGUGCCAUGUUUGCCUGCCAUGAUGGUCAAGGGCUCUAGAAUUCUGGAACUGUAACCCCCAAUAAACUCUUCUAUAA